AUGACUUCUUCCAUUAUUAUCAACUCUACUACUUGUACUUGUUCAUUUCUCUUUUUCUCCGCUCGCCGCAUCUUGGACGCAGAGGCAAAUCGGACGUGGUCGACGUCCUCGUCGUCGGACUCGGACAAAGAGGAGCCAUUGCGAGGGCGUUCCUCCAGGAAACUCGACGUUGCAGACUCUAACAUUGAAGAAGAACCAUCUGUUUAUGAAGACAAUAUGAAUGCAAAUGCAACAUUGUCCUUCAAUGGAUUCGCUAAGCUUCAUCUACACUCUGAAAAAGUGGAUCAACUCAGCGUUGUCUUUGACAAUGAGCAAGGCAGUGUUGCAAUAUAUAUAUUUUCUGUAUCUUCUGUGAGUGAAGGAAUAUGGAAAUGUCGAAUUUGCUGUUGGACAUACAAAAGCGGGACUCCUUGGAUUGAUCAUAUUCAGGAAACUACUAUAAAUCAUUGGGAUCAAUGUUUCUUUUGUGAGAUUCGAGGUGUUGGAUUUAAGCAUCUGUUCUCUGAUUCAGAACCACCUAAUGAUGUUCAAGGUCUUAUUUUUGAGAAGAACAAUGGAGAUGAAGUAUUUUCUCCCAUUACAGAGGAGCCUGAAGCUGAAAGAAGUCCAUUCGAUGAGAUUAACCAUCAACAUGAAGAGAACAACCAUGAUUCCAGCCCUUCGGAGCAUUUGCUUCAGCCUUCUGAAGAAUCAUCUAAUGGGUUCAUCGUUGAAAAGUCUUCUACUGAGAUACUAUCAGUAACUGACGAAGUUAAUCUCCUGAAAGAGACUGACUAUGAAGAGACAGAAUAUGAUGUUGAAACAGUACUAGACAAGCAAAACACCCAUGAUCUUUAUUGUCCUAAUUGCCGUUCUUGCAUUACCAGAAGGGUUAUUCUGUGUAAACGAAAGAGGACAGUUAAAAUUUCAAAAGACCCAAAACGUAACAAAUUGGAUACCGUAGCUGACUUAAAUGUCGAUUCUACUGGAGGUCAAGGUGGUGGUUCUACAUCUACAGACAAUGGUGCUGAUCGAGAUAAAGAUCCAGAGGUGUUCAGAUGCUUGUCAUGCUUUAGUUUUUUCAUGCCAUCAGGUAAUUGUUUUAGGCCAUUCCAGGUACUACCAGAAACUGAGACAGAAAACAUAGAAAAAAAUAAGACUGCACCGAAGAAGUACUGGUGGCAAUUCAUGUUCAACUUCGGUAAGGAGCAAACCUCAGAAACUGGUCAUAGCAGAGAUCUCCCAAUUGGUGAUAUCGGAACACCACUCCUGAUUCCAUCACCUAAUGAUUCUUCUUCUACACCAGCAAAUGGAGAUAUCAAUAAAACAGAAUUGGAUAAUGGAAGGAUUGGGGAAGUUGUUGUUAAUGUAGUAGAGAAACCAGAUGGGGCAAUAGAUAAUGGCAGAGGCACACAAUCUGAUUCCAAAUCCGAAUUUGUCACACAUACUGAAUAUCACGCUGGAAAUGCUGUUUCUACACAACAAGAAGAUGGGCGGAAAUUUUUUGUUACCGAAGGUGUCAACACUUAUAAAGUUUUUGAGGAUACAAAGAAAGAUAACCAUGAGGAAGAAAAUAUAUCUGGAGAUCUUGCUAUUAAGAAGAAACAAGUUGAUGCCAGUCAUGACAGUGGAUCAGCAAUUGAAGAUGAAAAUUUUCUUAACAAAAUUAAAACCAACAUUCUUCCUUCUGGAGUUGCUCGGCCUCCUGUUAUUGGCACUAAAGUGGAUAUACAUAUUGAGAAGCCCCUGAAUGACAAUGCAGGGGGUUCUGAUACAUUCAUUCUCAUACAAAACCGGCCUAAUGAGCAUAUAGUUCCUCGAAGUCCUGAGGAUGUGAUUGAUGUGGGUAACAUAGUGGCUCCAGAAAUAAUCAGACAUACUAGAGGUGUCAAUGGUCUGGAAAUUGUGAAGAGUAUUGUAUAUGGUGGUCUGAUUGAGUCAAUAACAAGCCUAGGCAUUGUGUCAUCUUCUGCUGGUUCUGAUGCUACCACAUUGAAUAUAGUGGCUUUGUCAAUAGCCAACUUGAUUGGUGGGAUCAUUUUGAUUAUUCACAAUAUUUGGGACCUGAAAGCUGAACAUGACGCCGACAGUUCAACGGUGAGAAGGGGGGAUCGUUAUCAAGAAAUAUUAGGGCGUAGACAGAACUUCUGGGUUCAUGCAACAUUUGCUUUACUGUCAUUUGUAGUUUUUGGGCUGAUUCCUCCAGUUAUUUACGGGUUCUCUUUCCGUGUAAGUGACGACAAGGACUUCAAACUAAUUGCAGUUGCGGUUGGCGCUCUUGUAUGCAUCUCGUUACUUGGUAUUGGAAAAGCAUAUGUCCAGAAGCUAAGUGCUAAGGGUUAUGUGAAAACUAUAGUGUACUAUGUUGUUUCUGGAUUUAUGGUCUCUGGCAUUACUUAUGUUGCUGGAAAAUAUAUGAAGCAACUUUUGGAGGAACUUGGUUUGUUUGAAUCUACUGAAGCACUCAACAUGCCUUCCAUCAUCCAGACAAUGGCAACAGAAACGCCAUGGAAAUCCUUCUAUUAGUUUUCAACCUUUUGCUUUCUACACUUGUUUUAAGUUU